AUGAUCUACGAAGAUUUGAAAAGUAAUUUGUUUAUAACUAAUUCUGAUUCUUGUUGCAGGAAGGGGGAGAAUGAACAUGAUGGUCAUUCAGCCUAUGGAAGUAGAACUGUUAGGGAACCUAGAGUUGUAGUUCAAACUACAAGCGAAAUCGAUAUUCUUGAUGAUGCCUACAGAUGGAGGAAAUAUGGACAGAAAGUAGUUAAAGGAAAUCCAAAUGCAAGGAGUUAUUACAAAUGCACAGCCCCUGGUUGUUCAGUGAGGAAACAUGUUGAGCGAGCCGCGACUAAUAUAAAAUCAGUGAUCACAACUUAUGAAGGGAAACACAACCAUGGGCCUGCAGCACGUGGCAGCGCAGGUUACAACAUGAACAGAAAUUCUCUAAAUAGAAACAAUAGCAAUGCACCGGCACCAAUAAGGCCUGCGGCCGUGAAUGGUUAUUCUAGCGCGCCGAAUUUCACGAAUUCACUUUACAAUCCUAGGCUUCCGGCCACCGGAACUCAAGAAUCAUCUUCCCUAGACAUGCUGCAAGGCUCUGGACUUUUCGGCUACACGUCUCUUGGAAGAUCAAUGGGUUCAUAUGGAAACAAUACGCAACUUUCGGAUGGUGUAUACAUCAAGGCCAAGGAUGAAAGGAAGGAUGACUCAUUCCUCGAGUCAUUUCUUUCAAAGAACUAAGUUUGGAAUACACCACUUUGCAGAUGCUAUCAUGGACAUGUUUUUGUAUAGCAUAUAGGAUCUUAGUUACUCAUAGCAAAAGACAGAAACAGAGAAAGAAGCAAGAAUGUUUACAUGUAUUAGAUUAGAGACAUAGUGAUAGGAAAGUUUGACCAGAAGAAGGUUCUUUAAUCAGUUUUGUUGGCUGAUGAAUA